CGUGCGCUCGGUUCGGUCCAGGUGGGUGUGACUGUCACCUGUUCCGCUCCGAACUGACGCGCAUGUUCCGGCGUCACUGGCUGUGUGUGUGAAGGAGGGAGGAGAGACUCACCGGAGCACAGCACACACACACACUCACACUCACACACACAGAUGGUUCCCGUCGGUCACCAUGAGCCACCGGCCCCGCGCGCUGAGCUGCCUCUCCCUCGCGCUUAUUCUGCUGCUGCUGCCUCGCGCUCAAGUGGCUGCGGAGUACUCCUCCUCUAAAACCGACCUGGACUACGAGUUCGGGGACUACCGGGGGAAAUGGUGCCUUGACGACCACGGCUUCGUUUACGGAUUAGGAGAGGUUUAUUACCCGAGUCCCUCAGCUUGUCCGUGCACGUGCACUGUGGACGGUCCGGUGUGCGUCCGACCCAAAUGUCCCCGCAUCCACCCACGGUGCACGCGGAUCAGAUACAAGGCAUGUUGUCCGGUGUGUGAGGCCAUGGCUCGGGUCUGUGUAUACGCGGGGAAAACGUACCGACUCCUGGAAGAGUUCAGGUUGUCGAGGUGUGAGCGAUGUCGCUGCGGGGCAAACAGAGAGGUGUACUGCAGCAUCUCAGACUGUCCCGCCCCUCACUGUGUGAACCCCACCUACGAGGCCAACCACUGCUGUCCCAUCUGUAAGAGCGGUCCAAACUGCUACGCAGGAAACAGGGUGAUCUCAGCAGGAGAGCGGGUGAACAUUGACGAGCGAACUGUUUGUUACUGCACCUACAGAGACGGAACAUGGCACACCCACCCACAUGCCACCUGCGAGCAGCGCCCCCUGCCCAGCCCCACACCCACCAUCGGCACUGAGCCCCCCAGGGAGGAGGAAACCAGGGGGAGAGGGAGAAGUGGUUUCAUUCCCAGACUGGAUCUGAUCCCAUGAAGUGGGGUAAUAAAUGUGCAACUAAACUCUUCCUUUUUUUUUAUCAGUGUCAGGAGAGCUGGACUAGGCUUCAAUAUAGUAUCAGUUAACCUGCACAUUUGAGAUGAAUGAGAACUUUGAGAUGAUUUCAGAAGCUCUGCUUACUGAGCUGUUUUAUUCUAAAUGAGUGCAAAGAUGCAAAAUACCUACUUACAAUUUGUAAAUGUGACAAAUCUAAGGCAACAUUUUAGAGUCUUUAGAAGAUCUACAGUUGAAUCAGAAAUUAUUAAACCACAUUCCAUUUUAAGUCUAUGGUUUUGUGUCAUGCAGACAAACCUGACAAACCAAGAGUUGACAGAUUUGCAAUAUGAUGUAGUUGUUUUGAAAUUCUUUAAACCUGUUUAUUGUGAUUAAAUCACACCGACAUCUGUUUAUUUUGGAUUUAUAGCACUGUAGUUAGCCUGAUUUGAGGCAACUUUAAUGUGACUUGUUGGAUACAGUGAAACUGCCACUCAAUGGAGACAGAUGGACAGAUGCCUCAAAGCUGAAACAGAGCCCUAGUAGUCGGUGUCCAUCACAGAAAUUCUGGUACUAGGAUCGUCAAGCUGGGGAAUGGACCACCUCAAGAAAAGUUAAUUGACAGUUCAUGAGAGACGAGAUAAAUUCACCCAGCUCUGAGAGUCCAGGGGCCUCAUGUACAAAGGAUGCGUACGCACAAAAACAUAGCGUAGGCUCUUUUUCACGGCAAAAGUUCAUAUGUAUCAAGAGUGAAAUGACCGUGGAAAUGUGCGAUGCCUCACGCCAACUUCAUAGCUGGCGUACGCACGUUGCUACAGCUGUUGAUCCUUACGCACAGAUUCAUACAUCUGAAUAUUUUUGUGCGUACGAUGUUUUCUGGAUUUGAGCGUACGCCAUGUUUCAGUAGGAAAUCCACGCAAGUCUUUGUACAUGAGGCCCCAGGUGAUCGUAUGAACAUAAUCAUGUUGGUGUUUGCUUUCCUAACAUGCCUGGAAGGUUGAAAAUUUGGGGGGAAGGGCAAAAUAUUCAAAAACGUGAAAUAAAUUAACAAUCUAUGAAUUAGUGUAUCUUUUGCGAGUACACAAGGCUAAAAUUCACUACACUUCUGGUCUCAAAAGAGCCGGAGAACUGCAGGAUCAUCUGUCGGGAGGGGGGUAGAAAAAUACUGCCGACUGAAACUGACAACUCUCAGAAAAGUCACAUAAGUUGUUUCCAAAUACUAAUCUUUAAAGACUCGUCACAAAGAUGCACAUUCUUUAAAGGUUUAUUAUUCUUCUGUAGCUCUUGUUCUGACUGUACAGAUAACUUUAAUGCAUUCAAAAUGCAGGCUUAAAGCACAUCCACUAUUGCUCUGUGUUUGAAGUAUUGUUUUUUAUGUCUCAGUUUACCUCUACCUGCAUAUAUUUAAGUCUACAAUCUACCUACAAACCUACAUAACUGACACGCCCAGAAACCUCCCAUCAUCCUCUGAGGUAUAUGGAUGGAGUCAGUGUGUUAGGCUAUCUGUUAUUUACAGUAGAUGACUCAGGGGAAACAAGUGUUGGGUGCAGGUGGCGGCCUGGUUCCUCAGUGUGGACCUGCUGGUUUCCGUCUGUAAGAGGAGGCCAGGGAUGUCCAAGUAGAUCACACACACACACACGUACAUACAGAGCGGAGGAAUGACUGUGUAAGCAGAAAAGGCGAUGAUUCAAAGGCAACCUGGACCAACAGAUGGUGUGUUUAUAUAAUGCUGACAUGCCGGUAACCUGCUCUGUAUACGACACGUCAGUCAUAUUCCAUGCAGAUGGAUUUGUGCUUUUUUUUUGUAGCACCUUUCUUAAACUAUAGGAGCAAGAACCAAAAUGUCCUCUGUACUUCUGUCUUCUCCGUCUCCUGUUUCAGACUCACGUGCAAAUACUUUCCAGGACUGUUUUUUUUUAAAUGUAACUCAGGUUUAUAACUUUUCUCAGUGGUUUGUCGUACUAUAUUGAUAGUCGUACAUACACUUCCCAUAUAUAAGGGAUUUUCUGAACCUCUUUGGUGUUAAAUGUAUGCUGUGUUAUGUAAGUAUCUCCAGAUUUGUGUACUGAAGUUGAUGUAUAAGUCUGUAAACUGCAAGUUGAUAAUGGGAAUAAAGCUUUUACAGAUCUUGAUAA